AUAGACACAGUUCUACUUCGGUUGAGUCUGUGGGUGUGCGUGAAAAGUGAAGCUGUGGCAAACAGACCGAUCAACAUUUACCAUCCCAUUUAUUUUAAACACGGUAAUUGAAACAUGAGGCGCGCUGCAUAUUAAGUACAGUACAUGAAACACAGAACAUGUACAAUGUGUGUAUAAAGUAUAGGGUAGCAUUACUGUGUUUUGUAAGUACGGCUCUGCUAUUUAAUAGACCGGCAGCCGCACUUUGAUGGACUGUGUUUUUGGUGCUUGAGAGAGAGAGAGAGAGAGAGAGAGAGAGAGAGAGAGAGAGAGGAUCGUAUUACACAGUAUAUACAGCAACUGCGAUAGACCGGUAAUGUAGACGGGAAAACAGGGCUGCAGUGCCGUGCAAUUGGACAAACCCUGCUGUCUGUGUUUUAGGAAGCACAGAUUUACCUGUGUAGGGCACGAUCAGGUUUAUCUCAUGGUGGAGACGGUAGUUCUUUCAGCCGCUGAGCUACGUGUUUAGGUCCAGUAGAAGUUUCGUUUGGGACACGCUCAAGUACAGGCAGGAUGAUCCCGGUCACAGAGUUCAAGCAGUUCACAGACCAGCAGCCCGCCUUCCGUGUCCUCAAGCCGUGGUGGGACGUCUUCACAGAGUACAUCUGCGUCUCCAUGCUCAUGAUCGGAGUGUUCGGGUGCACCCUGCAGGUGACACAAGACAAGAUCAUCUGUCUCCCUAGCCAUGUCUCUGAUUCUUCUCAGGGAGAGAUUGACUGCCAGCAGUUCAAAGAGAGAAGCCAAAAUGACAGCGCUAGUGUCCGAUCCCUGUCCCCCUUGCCCAGCCCCUCGUCAGCUCCCCCUCACCCUGGAGCUGGACCACAGGAGGGACCUCGUGAAAUGAGCGGGCUGAAGAACAACCUGGACAUCCAGCAAUACAGCUUCAUUAACCAGGUCUGCUACGAGCAGGCCCUACACUGGUAUGCCAAGUACUUCCCCUACCUGGUCGUCAUCCACACGCUCAUCUUCAUGAUCUGCAGCAGCUUUUGGUUCAAGUUCCCCGGCACGAGCUCCAAGCUGGAGCAUUUCAUCUCCAUCCUGGGAAAGUGCUUCGAUUCCCCCUGGACCACGAGGGCCAUCAGCGAAGUGUCUGGGGAGGCUCAGGACGAUCAGAAUGGGUGGGAGAAGAUGAAGGAUCUGGCCACCCUUUCCAAGCCCAGGUUGAAUGUCUCCAGCGUAGAUGCGUCACCCCCUGGUGACGAGACUGCCAGCUUGGUGCGCUCACCCUCAGUCAGGUCCAUCCCAGAUAAAAUGGUGGCGGACAAACCGAACGUGUCUCUCAUGGACAAGAAGGAAGGAGAGCAGACCAAGGCGCUCUUUGAGAAGGUCAAGAAGUUCAGGCUUCACGUGGAGGAAGGGGACAUUCUCUACACCAUGUACGUGCGUCAGACAGUGCUCAAGGUCUUCAAGUUUUUGCUGAUCAUCGUCUACAAUGCUGCUCUGGUCCCCAACAUCCACAUCAUAGUGCCCUGCACCUUGGCGGUGGAGGAUAUGACUGGCUACGACAGUUUCUGCUGCAACCACACCAAAGCCCACCUCUUCUCCAAGUUGGCUAUCUGCUACAUCUGUUUUAUAGGGGUCUAUGGCCUGGUGUGCCUUUACACUUUGUACUGGCUGUUCUACAGACCCCUGAAGGAGUAUUCUUUCGAGUAUGUGCGGCAAGAGACUGGGAUUAAUGACAUACCGGACGUGAAGAACGACUUUGCCUUCAUGCUCCACCUGAUCGACCAGUACGACUCCCUGUACUCCAAGCGCUUUGCUGUAUUCCUCUCGGAGGUCAGCGAGAGCAAGCUGCGUCAGCUCAACUUGAACCAUGAGUGGACGGUGGACAAGCUGAGGGAGAAGCUGCAAAAGAACAGCCAGAAUCGCUUGGAGAUGCACCUUUUCAUGCUGUCUGGUCUUCCAGACACAGUCUUUGAGGUGACAGAAGUCGAAUCCUUAAAGCUGGAGCUCCUAAACGAUGUCACCAUCCCUCCCAUGGUGUCCCAGCUGGCGUGUUUGGAGGAGCUCACCCUGCUAAACUGUCCCGUCCGACUCCAGCUGCCGGCUUUGACCUACCUGCGGAACCAUCUGAAGGUCUUGAGGAUAAAAUUUGACGACAUGCGCCAGGUUCCCCUGUGGAUGUACACCUUGCGGAGCUUGGAGGAGCUGCAUCUGGUGGGCCCCCUGACACAGGAUCUCUCCAGGAACGUCUCGCUGGACACCUUGAGGGAGCUGAGGAACCUCAAGAUCCUGACCCUCGCCAAGAGCAACUUGAGCAAAGUGCCGCAGAGCGUGGUAGACCUGGCUGGCCACCUCCAAAGACUCUGCAUCUACAAUGACGGCACCAAGCUCCUCACACUCAACAACCUGAAGAAGCUCUUCAACCUGGCUCAGCUGGAGCUGGUCCACUGCGACCUGCAGCGGAUCCCCCAUGCCAUCUUCAGCCUGACCAACCUCCAGGAGCUGGACCUCAAGGAGAACCAUCUGACGUCCAUCGAGGAGAUCCUGAGCUUCCAGCACUGCCGCCGGCUCACCUGCCUUAAGCUGUGGCACAACAGCAUCGCCUCCAUCCCCGAGCACAUCAAGAAGCUGAAGUCCUUAGAGAGGCUUUACCUGAGCAGGAACCAGAUCAAAACCCUCCCGCCGCAGCUCUUCCUCUGCACCCGGCUGCGCCACCUGGACCUGUCCCACAACCACGUCCGCAGCAUCCCGCCGGAGGUGGGCGUCCUGCAGAACCUCCAGUACUUGUCUGCGUCCGGUAACUCCCUCGAUUCUCUCCCCGAUGAGCUGUUCUUUUGCAAGAAGCUCAGGACCCUCAAGCUGGGCCAGAACAACCUCGUGGCGCUCUCGCCCAAAGUGGGCAACCUGACCCUGCUCACGAAGCUCGACCUGAAAGGGAACCGCUUGGAAGUGCUGCCACUGGAGAUCAGCGAUUGUAGCUCUUUGAGACUCAGCGGGCUCCUAGUGGAAGACAACCUUUUUGAUCUCUUACCCGCUGAGAUACAGCAGCAGUUAAAGGAUGAAUAGUUGGAAGGGUGUUAAUGUGGGCAAGGGGUGCAAGGUGUCCUGCAACGUACGCACCAAUGAGCUGUAAAACAUUUGUGAUCAGCCCCAACAUUUCUGGCUUCAGAACAUUCCCGUUUGGCUCACUGAUAACCGUGGCAAGCUGGCUUUCAAAGAAGGAGAAUGUUUCGGUUUUUUGUUUUGUUUUUGUUUUUGAUGGAUACAAGAAAC